UAUAAAUGAAAUUAAUAAUUCAACUACAUCUCCUCAAGUAAUCUCAACCACCGCAUUUCCUAACAAGAUUCCUGCUACUCGUUAUCGUAGUAUGCAGAUUUUUAUAAGAAAUCUCACCGGCAAGACUAUCACAAUUGAUGUUGAACCAUCUUACACUAUAAAUCAAGUUAAACAGAAAAUCAAAAAUAAAGAAGGUAUUCCACCUGAUGAGCAACGUUUGAUCUUUUCUGGAAAACAAUUGGAAGAUGGUCGUACACUUUCUUCUUAUAAUAUUAGAAAAGAGUCAACUUUACAUUUGUUACUUCGUCUUUGGGAAUAUGAUACACCCACGAUAUCUCGAUCAAAAUUGAAUACUGGAUCUCGAGAUAUCGCGUCAAAAUUA